AUGUUCAGCAGACGAGCGCCGCACCAUACGCGCACGCGGUCCACCAGCAACUAUUCCCCCAAUGUCCCGCCCGCCGCCGCUCCGUCCUCCUCUUUCGCCCACGCCUACGGCCACGGCAACAGAGCGGCCAGCCAAAGUAGCGUCGAGCCGCCGCUGGUGAGCCCGCUCCAGAUGACCUUCGACUUCGAGCUGGACGUCCCGCCGCCCAGCAGUCCCCAACGCUCCCUUCCCUCUCCUCCCUCUUCCUCCAUCGCCGAAUCGCCCGCGCGACCCAAGACCAGUCAUGGAGUGCCAUCGAGCGAAUCGAAUGCGAAAUGGAGCAGUCUGCAGCCGCCAAUGCUGCCCCCGAUCCCUCGCGUGGCCAGCCAGAACAACAGCACUCGCAGCAGGUCCAAUUCGGCCGGGUCAGAGGAGCAGGAUGCAAAGCGCAAAGGCAAGGCGAGGGACGAGACCGACAACAUAUCCCUUUCAAGCAAGAAGAGCGCACUGAAGGCACGGCUAAGCUUCGAGCAUCCACUGGAGCUCAUGCCGCCGCUAUCAAGACCGACCACCGCGGGAGGCUCUACAAUAUCAGACAGACCACAAACAGCUGGUCGGGCGGCAUUCAGCAAUCACAGUACCCCCAAUAUGGAGUCGUCGCUUUUCCCAAGCAAGAAUAACACUCCAGUCUUGGGUCAGGUGCCGACUAUGCCAGCGAUGAGCAGGCAAUUCAUCGACAGCCGAGAUAGGCCUUACAGCCAGCCCACGCAGAAGCCAUUUGCAAUGCAGCACAACCACAGCUCGCCAAACCUCCGAGGACCGCAAUCUGGAGUAACGAAUCCUUCGCCGAUCGCCAGCGCUGCUAGGAAUUGGACCAGGCCACAAGCCAGCAUGCACAAUCUUUCCCAGAAGAGCAACGGCACAACAGCGAGACCGAGCACUCAAGCCUCCGCGCUCGCAGAGAAUUCAUCGUCGCCCGCCAUUACGAUAGGUACGCCGUACAAUGCUACAGCUGAUUCAUUUCCAUUGCCGCAACUCGUGAAGACUCGGCCCAAGACGCAGGGUCAAACAGCUACGGUUGCAGGCGUGUCUGUUCCAACACAUUACACCCAUGGUGCCAAGAACGGCCAGAAGCCGAAUGAGUCGAAGAGAAAGACAAGAUUACUUAAUCCUCUAUCUUUGCUUCAACGACGACGGAGCAACCAGGACCCUGAACUCGCGGAAGUAGAGAGGUCUCAACGCCAGGCACAAGCUCAAGCCUUGGCACGGCAACGAGAUGUGGUGACAUCUGGGGUGUACAAGCCACCGCCCGACUUUGACCCACGUAUCAAAGGCAACGUCGUGCAUGAUUUCAGCGCGCCGAGAGGGAAACGUAACACGUUCGAUGAAAGGGACGUGUCGGUAUCACCAUAUGGUGUACAGGGCUCAAGCGCAAUCUCAUCGCCUUCGACACCGGGGUAUCCACCUCGCAACACUUCAUUGCACAAUCGAGAUGAGGGAGCAGGAGGCAGUCAAAAGAGGAGCACCCACACUCCAGUCUUCAUGGAACAUCUGAGCGAGAACCCUGAAGCAGCUAGCCGCAUUAGCUCGAUUCAUGCGGAGAAUCUGGAGAACAAGGACUUCCUGCAAAGAGCAUCCAAGAACUCGUCUGUGACCACAUAUUCUCAGGAAAGCGCGGUGCUACCUCCCUUCGCCCGGAGAAGCCAGAAUCUGGACCCGAUGCAGGCCAGCUUCUACAAUGAUGAUGAGUCAAAAUCGUCGAGUGAUCCUCCGAGCGACAAAGAACGUCACUCGACUCUCAGCACUUCUGGUCAAGUCAGCCCCAUUAAUGGGAGAGGCAGCCGCCCUGAUGUGGAAGCGCGAGCGACCUUCAGCCCUGUAUCUCCAAAUAGCGAAGGAAAGCUUGGAACCGAUGCUGCGAAGACACGUUCCCAGUAUCGUCCCCUUUCAGACGUCAGUGGAGUACCGUCGCAGGAUGACAGCAAUCGACCAAUGUCGCAAGUCAGCAAAGUCUCCUCGCUGGACAAACAGAGCAAGCACCUCAGUGACGCGACGGCAAGACCUGAAUCGGUGGUACUCGCGCCUCCAGCAAUCGACACCAUUGCAGAAGGGUCAUCCGAAAAUUCGCCCCUAGAUGUUCCUUCGCGACAAGCCUCAUCGCUGGAGCCACAAGUCCUCGCGCAAGCGGUCUCUUUCGGGAAUCCAGGUACUCCAAGUCCCGUCCACAGCACCGGCCUGCAGCCGAUUCAAGGACGGAGCGCAGAAACAUCUCCAGCCACGCAGUCAUUACUGGAGCGCACGGCAAACAUGUCCACACCGGACCGCACUCCGGAGCCCGAGCUGGUUGAGUCAAUCCAGUUCAGACCCUCCAAGGACCAACCAAAGCUGGUCGAGAAGCGUGCUUCGGCUGUUGGACAUUCGAGAAAAGCCUCAAACGGACCGAAGCAUCACGCAAGCAAUGCCAGUAGGUUCUCGUUCCAAUACGGCACAGAGAGCGCUGCGCAAGAGCAAGCAUUGGAAGACAAGCAUCGCAAAAUGAGCAGUAGAGAGAUUGCUCAAACGGCACCACGAGGCCGGAGUCCCGAGGAAGAUGACGAAGACGACUACUUUGAUGAGGAUGCGAUGGAUGACAUGGACGAAAUGGAGAUGCAAGCUUCACAACACCCUUCGACGUCUGGCGAGCAUCUGAAUCUUCCCAUGCAGAGCUCAAUGUACUUACAAAAAGCUCGACAAGCAUUGCAGCUCCCUGACAGCGACGACGGCUCCGUUUACGACGAGGAAGUACCAAAUGUGACCCGAGAAGAGGAAUUGCCCUACCCUGAUCACCCGGCCUGGCGGACACACUCUGCUCUCUGGAAUGAUUCGCGCCACAAUUCGUACCAGACCGCGGAUGGCUACUGGCGGGGAAGUACAAUUGACCGUUACAUGCGCGAUUCGUACAUGCCGGGCCAUGCUGCGGGACUCGGUAUUGAUCCAACUCAUCUAUUCGCAAAUAAUGCGGGAGAGCACCAGAACGAGCAUCUGUCACCCAACGAUAAAGUUCCUGGCUCGAACAGGUCAUCCGGUCCUCGAUCCAACAUCUACAUGCAACCACAGGCAGCCCAGCAAUCCACCACUAUCCCCUCUAGCCGCGAUGGGCCUCCUGUACCAGCUAGGGACAGUGGCAAUAGUGAGAGAAAUCGCGCUGCUAGCGGCAUUAGCUUUGCCUCGGGUGCCUUAGCCGCAGCCACAGCCACAGCCACAGAGAAGCCCUCAGUCACCACAGACGAAGAUCACGGGGCUUCAGACAGAGCGCGUCAUCUUAGUGAUAUGAGUUACUCGACUGCAAGCGACGACGCCAGGUCUUCGCGCGCGGCGAUUUCUUCGGCCAACGUGACAGUGAACGCCGUGGGCCGCGAGAGUGGAAUGAGCCAGCGCAGUGGCGGCCUCGCCUCGCCUCUGUCCAGUCCUCAGUUUGAGGAAGAUACUUUGGCCAGCCUCGAGGGCGAUAAGACCCAACGUAACGACUCAGCCGAUUCGUCUGCUGACGCCAUCAGUCUGGCUUCGCCGAAGGAGGAUACCCUCGUUGGUCGCAGCAAUACGGCUCACAGCGAAGACGACGUUGACUCCAACGACGCCUUUAGCCUUGCAUCCCCUGACAAGGCGAAAAGCACGCUUGCCCAUCGAUCUGUCGCUAGCGGCAUGAGUUUGGAGAGCUUUGCGCGUGAUGGCUCCUCCCGAGUUGGCAUCCCAGCAUCACAGACCGGAGUUCCCGGACAGCUUGGGACCACGGACGCUCUUUCUUCGGCGAGCAACAAUCUGAUAACAUCUAAUAGCUCUGGUCUGGGCACAUUCUCGGGAUUUGACUUUCAAAACAGCCCGCCCGCUGUGCGUGGCAGUGAACAUUUCAGUCACGAAGGCGGCACAUUAGGAAGUCCGCAUGCACUGGGCAGCCUCAGAGCUGCGAAGAAGGCGCAAGAGUCGCUUGGCUCCCGUGGCCAGGGGAAACAAUCGGACGCUCAAGAAAUUGCCAGUGCGACCAGUGUGAGCAGCAGAAAACAGGAGGCCGGAAAUCUUUCCAACACGUUUGGAGGAUUUGUAUUUGACGAGCAAUCAGAAUCACCGCCAGGCAGGUCUGGUAAUGAAAUUUACAACAGUAUUGUAAGCCACAGCAGUCGCGCGAGCGCUGGAACCGAAGGGCAAAUUCGAACAGGCAAGCACCACGAGCUGUCGCAGUUCUCCAGUGGCGAUAGAGCAGUCUCACCCACUGGAGGUAUCAACUCGUUUGGGGGAUUCGACUUUGGCAACAAAGACCGAAACUUUACUGUCAAUCCUUCACAGACUGGGGACCUCCAGAAGACAUACGAGACGGGCAGCGAUGACAUGUACUUCGACGAUGGUAACUUCGCAGAGGACAUCAAUGGCUCACAUAGAGAGAGCAUUGACGAAAAUGCCUUUGACGAUGAUGCAUUCUUGGCAAGGCCUGGCAUGUUCAAUGGUGGUGUAAAUCACCGACGUGAUCGCAGUAGUGCUGCGUUCACGGUCAAUAGCCUUGGGAGUGAAGGGCCCUAUCCCUCCUUUGCCAUUCCCAAUGCGGCCCGAGCUAGUGCGCGUUUAUCUUCGAUGAUGUUGGAAGACUUGCCACUGCUAGAUGCAGACACGGCAAAGUUCAUUCCGCAGCGAAAUCCUUCGGAAGACAUGAAGCGACUUGGGAUGAGCAAGAAAGUGCCACCUGUCCCUGUGCCGGAGUCGGACAAGGAAGCGUUCAACCGCAUGCAGGCCAGUCUACAAAGCUAUCACGCAACGCUUGCUGAUGCCGCGAACCGAGCUGCCGCGGAAGGUCGCUUCUUGCGUGCGCCGAGCAAUGCCACGAGUGGCUCUACCAGAGUCGUGGAAGACAACAAAAGCCAGUCUUUUCAAGAUGACAGGAGCAUCUACGAUGACAAGAGCAUCUAUUCAAACGACGAAAGCUGUGGCAAAAUUGCGAUGCCUUACGCGAACGGCAACGAGGGGCUUGGUCGAAGCAACACGGCUUUUUCUCACCUUACGCAUACGACGAAUUACAGUCCGCCGAAGAUGAGCUUCGAUUUUGGAUUCGACCAGCCGCUGGACGACGAUUAUGAUGACGCGGGCAGUUUUGAAAAUGACGAAGACCUGGUUGCAGCGGCAAACGCCGAGGUCCUCGCAAGCGACGACGAGGGGUUCUACGGACAGGAAUUCGAUUUCUACGGUAGACCACGCGCAAAUUCUGGCGACCUUGCGGCCAUCAACGGCGGUUUCUUUGGACAGGAUGGUGAUGAUGGCUUGAUUAGGAACAAGAGCUUAAAGGAACCCAAUUUGACACCUAUCACGGAGCGAUCGGAGUUCAGUACUAGGAACAGCUUCAUUGGUCUUGGCAUGUCGGGUCCUUUCGGUCCUGCCAGCGCCAGUGCAUAUGGGCCGCACUCCCCAGCGCUGGCUCGGAUGCCGAUGAUGCCGCUCUACGACACGGAAGUCACUUCGUUCGACGAGCUGCGGAAGCUCAAAGCGAAUACUUUCAGCGGCGGCGGCGGCAGCAAUAGCAGCCUCCACAGCCAAAGCAACCGCUCUAGCCAGCAGUCGCUCCAGGCGGCCUUCAGUCCCGUGAUCAGCACCAAACCUCAAAUGGCGUCGCCGCAAGGCUACUUUGGUGGCACACCCAUGCAGUUCGGCUACAGCACUGAUAGCAACGGCUCCAACAGCAACCCGAACAGCGCGCGGCCGAUCUCGAAUCAGAAUUCCCAGGACAGUCCGCGUUCCACUGCCUCAAGCAACGGUCUUCCCUUUGCCAUGGACGUUGAUUCGACGCCGAAGCGCAACACUGGCUCCGCAGAGCCGCCUACAACCGCGCGUAAGGUUCCGCCGUCGCAGCACUCGCAAGGCCAGUCGAACGGCAAUAUCGAGACCCAUUCACGAAACGGGAGCGGCGCCGAUAGUGUGACGUACGUGAGAGAACCUGAUCCGGAGAAUAAUGGCAGGCCCCGAUGGGUACUGGAGAGACGACGAACGAGCGAGCAGGGGAAUCUAGAACUGAUCGGACGAGAACUUGUACAGGGAGGAUGGAUUUGA